GCCACCGGAACAUCGUACAUUUCACCGGCCACGGAAACGCUCCUCGAAGGCUCCAAAACUGACGGUCCGCCGUAUAAAUAAAACACGGCCGUCACUUCGGAUCAAGUCACCUCCCUCCCCCUUCCCUUCUACGCGUCGACCAUCAAGGCAUAGUGAGAGAGGAGCAGUGGAGGGGUCGGGAUAUUCGCGGCGAUGGAAGUGACCCAGGUAGCGGGGGCGCGCACCAGGCCGCAGAGGACCCCUGUUUCCGCCCUCGUCUCCGGCUGCAACAGAAGGAAGGCCGCCGCGGUGGCGCCCGCUGGGGUUCCGACGUCUUACCUCUGUCUUCGAAGACGCGGCCUCGUCGUGACCACCCCUGGAGCGUGCACGCGGAUGAACGCCGCUGCCACAAGCGAGGUCGCCUUCGAGGACUCCGGGGAUUCGGAAGCUCCGCCAAGCUCUUUCGACACCUCAAGAAAAAGGAGGGGGACGACGCGGUCAAGCGAGCUAGGAUCGACGGCGAAGACAACGAGGAGAUCAACGGCGGACGAGGGAGCGCCUUGGGAAGCAGAGAUCGAUGAGUUCUUCGCGACGGCGGAGAGAGACGCUUCGCGACGGUUCGCCGAGAAGUACAACUACGACGUCAUCGACGACGUCCCGAUGGAAGGCCGCUACGACUGGGCUCGAAUUUAAUUAAUUUCAUAAUCAUGAUUAUAUAUAUAUAUAUAUAUAUAUAUAUAUAUAUAUAUUCACGUACUCGUAAGCAACUCAUGAGGGACAGUACAAAUGCUUUCAUUAUGACUAGUAAACACAGAUUUGAUUGAAGAUCGGCUAUGAGUUAUAUUCAAAUGAUGGGUUAGCUGACUACUUUUGUACAUCUAAAUCUACUAAUAUAAGUGGUUCUAAGGGGAGAUGGAUUCAAUGCA